AUGGAGGGAAAUCCGCCACGUAUGGUCGCGCUGUUGGCUGCGGCCGUGGUCACUACCAUGCUGUCGCUGAGCUCGUGCUGCGCGUCGUCGGCCGGCGGGGGCGGCGGGCAGCUGCUGCACCCGGUGAUACUCAUCCCGGGCUCCGGCGGCAACCAGCUGGAGGCGCGGCUGAAGGACGACUACAGGCCGUCCAGCCUGACAUGCCGGGUGUGGCCGCUGGUGCGCGGGCGCGGCGGGUGGUUCCGCAUGUGGUUCGAGCCGUCCGUCGUCGUCGCGCCCCUCACCCGCUGCUUCGCCGAGCGGAUGAUGCUCUACUACGACCGCGACGCCGACGACUACCGCAACGCGCCUGGCGUCCAGACCAGGGUCUCCGACUUGGGCUCCACCUCCACCCUCCGCUACCUCGACCCAACCCUCAAGGUCCUGACGGGGUACAUGGACGUGCUGGCGAGCACGCUGGAGAAGGCCGGGUACGAGGAGGGCCGCGACCUCUUCGGCGCGCCCUACGACUUCCGCUACGGCCUGGCCGCGCCGGGCCACCCGUCGCAGGUGGGCACCGCGUACCUGGAGCGCCUCAGGCUGCUGGUGGAGUCCGCGUGCGCGGCCAACGGCGGGAUGCCGGCGGUCCUCAUGGCGCACAGCCUCGGCGGGCUGUACGCGCUGCAGUUCCUGGCGCGCGCCCCGCCCGCCUGGCGCGCGGCGCACGUGAAGCGGCUGGUGACGCUGUCCGCGCCGUGGGGCGGCUCCGUGCAGGAGAUGCUCACCUUCGCCUCCGGCAACACCCUCGGCGUGCCCUUCGUCGACCCCUCCCUCAUCCGCGACGAGCAGCGCAGCUCCGAGAGCAACCUCUGGCUGCUGCCCACGCCCAAGGUCUUCGGCAACACCACGCUCGUCGUGUCGGAGCGCCACAACCGCACCUACUCCGCCAAGAACGUCACGCAGUUCCUCAACGACAUCGGGUUCGCCGACGGGGUGGAGCCGUACCGGGCGCGGACGCGGCCGCUCGGCGAGGUCCUGCCGGAGCCCGGCGUGCCGGUCACGUGCCUCGUGGGCACCGGCGUCGACACCGUGGAGAGCCUCGUGUUCGGGGACGAGGGGUUCGACGCGGGGCCCGUGGAGGUGGUCUACGGCGACGGCGACGGCACGGUGAACCUGGCCAGCCUCAUGGGGCCGAUCAAGGCCUGGUCCGACUCGCCGUCGCAGGUCCUCGAGGUGGUGGAGCUGCCCAAGGUGUCGCACAUGGGAAUCCUCAAGGACAAGAGCGCGCUCGACCAGAUCCUCAGGAUUCUCGAUUCCAUCAAUCUAAACGCCGCCACCACCACCAACACGACACAUCAGUCCUCCUAG